GCCCGGUAUCACGAUCGCAACGAUCCACGGGACGACAGGGCGGGCACACGGCCAAAAAUUAUUAUGCCCACGUUCACGGGAACAGAUCCGGAUGCAUGGUUGAGUCGGGCUGUGCAAUUCUUUGAGAUCAAUGAUGUGCCAAGGUACGAACGAGUUCAAAUUGCUGCCUAUCACCUUGAUGGGGAAGCAAACGUUUGGUGGCAAUGGGUGGUGCACAAAAACCAUGGCGAGCACAUGCGAUGGAGAGAUUUUGAAAAAGAGCUCAUCACGAGAUUUGGCUCGAGUGACUACCACGAUUACAACGAGGCUUUGUCAAGAAUCAAACAAGUGGGUAGUCUAAGGGAUUAUCAAAAAGAGUUCGAACGCAUUGCUAGUAGAGUACGGGACUGGCCCGAGGCUGCGCUAGUGGGAACUUUUGUUGGAGGACUUAAAGCUGAACUGGCAGCCGAAGUGAGGUUGGACAGGCCAGGCUCGAUGCGAGCAGCCGUUGAGUCGGCUAGAUUACACGAAGAACAUCUUGUGGCGGUACGCAAGGCAAAGCCGAGCGACGUGCGCGCGGAGACCAAGCGCACGAACGCUACGACCGAGGAACUGGCAGGGAGAACAGAAAACAAGCCACCGGCAACCGAGGUAAAGAGGUUGACGGAGGACGAGAUGGCACGGAGACGAGAGAAGGGGCUGUGUUUUCGGUGCGAGGAAAAGUACACGCCGGGACAUCGGUGCAAACAGAAUUUUUUGAUCGAGUUUGUGGACUCGGAUGACGAGGAGCCGGUGAUCGAGGAAGAACGGAAGGUGGAGGUCGAGGUGCUCGAGGAUGAGGCCGAGAUCUCUGUACACGCCAUGGCGGGCACCAAGGGGCCGAGGACGAUGCGUUUGCCGGCGUGGGUGAAGGAUCAGCGAGUGACUGUGCUCGUGGACAAUGGGUCAUCGCACAACUUCAUUAAUGCGACGCUAUCUCACAAGCUUAAACUGCCCACGUCCAUGGUCGAGCCAUUCGAGGUGCGGGUGGCUAAUGGUGAGAGAUUGCGGUGCUCGAAGGUGUACCGAGGCGUGCCAAUCAAAUUCCAAGGAGUAACGGUAAAGGCGGACCUGUUUGCCUUACCAUUGGUAGGGCCUGAUGUGGUACUAGGUGUGCAAUGGCUCGAAGGGCUCGGUGACGUAACGACCAACUAUCGGAAGGGUGUGAUGAAAUUCGAGACCGAUGAUAGGUUGGUUACCUUGAAAGCGAGCAAAGGAUCGACCAAGGAGGUUGGUCUAAAAAACAUCGAGAAG